CAGUUACAAUCCCUAAAAUAAGCGACGUGGUGUUUUCCAGUGGAAUAUAAACACAUACAUACCAAUACGCAGAUGAGAGGCCAGCUGUAUUUAUCACAUAUGAUAGAAAAUUAUGAAAGAAAAUGAGUGGAUAAUAAAAAUACGCGUUCUAUAUAUGGUAACGUAACGGAGAAACCAAUUCAGAACAUUGCUAUCUAUAUGACACAAUAGUAUAUGUCACAAUGUAAAGGUCAAAUAGCAUGGAAGUGUAAAACAUCAGUAAACACACAGAGGAAUAUAUACUACACCAUAUUAACUAAUCACUAAACUUUACACAUAAAUAUGACCUCAAUGUGAACCCCAAUCUUCAAAUGACAAUCCCAAUAUGCCAGAAACUAACCCUUCUUUAAUCACACUAAACCCUAAAAGGAAAUAUAAACCAUAACCCAAUUAUGAAACUAAAACUUUUCCAUAUUAAUUAACUCUUUAUCCAAUCUUCAAAUGGAGAACCCAAUAUGCCAGAAACUAGCCCCUCCUCAAUAAUCAGUAUACCCUAUACGAAAAUAUAAACCCUCAUCCUAUGUCACUUCAAAUCUUUGAUAAACUAAACCUAUCAACUAAUCACUAAAUCCUACACGGAAAUAUAAAUUCUAAUCCAAUGUCAACCCCAAUCUUUUAUAAAUUAAACCUAAAUUUUAAAAUGUCAGUAAAAUGCAAUACCAUUUUACAUAAGGCAUAUAAAAUAGAAAAUGUGAAAAUGUAGUUAUAAUCUAAAGAUCAUCUUAACACAUUUCUCAAAUGUUGAUAUGGCUAUACCUUCAUGAAAUGUGGUUAUGCUUGCCCAAAUGUCAACCCAAUCGUACAUAACUAAACCCUAUCAACUAAUCAUUAAACUCUACAUGAAAAUAUAAAUCCUAAUCCAAUAUCCAAUGUCAACCUUAAUCUUUUUUAAACUAAAUCAAAACCACUAAUCACUAAACCCAACAUGGAAAUAUAAAUCCUAAUCCAAUGUUAAUCAUAAUCUUUCAUAAACUAAACCCAAAUUUCGAAAAGCCAGUAAGAUGCAUUUCCAUUCUACAUGAGCAUAUAGAAUAGAAACGGUGUCAAACAAUAUAAGACAAUAAAUAUUGUUCAGAUUUUGAAGUGUUUACAAUUGAGGGAAAGGAAGUAAUGCUUACACCAAAUGAUGAUAAAUAAUGUAAUAACACGAUUAUUAUAAAGUUAAUUUUUAAAAGUCCAAAAUAGACAGAAUAGUUUACACUUAUUACAGAUUAUCAAUAACAAAGAUCAACUAAUACAAAAUUAUAUCAAUAACGGUUUCCAAAAUAGACAAAUAGUUCACACUUAUUACAGAUUAUCAAUAAUAAAAAUUAACUGAUACAAAAUUAUAUCAAUAAAUACCGGCUUUUAUCUAUCACCCUUCUCCUCAUGACAUAAUAAAAGUUUUAUGAAAACCAAAAGAAUCACAAACCAAAUAAAAUAUUUAAUAUUUAAUUUUAUGUAAUAUCAGAAAGUUUACUCAAAUUUUUUUUCUUUUAAAAACUUCAUCAGAUGUUUAUUUCGGUUUUUAUCUGGUAAAUCAGUGCCAAAUCACGGAUUAAUUACGUGUUUUUAAAUUUUUACUUAUUAUUAUUAUUAUUGUUAUUAAGUUUUAAAGUUAAUAAGUUUUAUUAUUAAAGCUGAACGGAUUGUAUACGGUUUAUUAAGUUUACCGUUUGAGGUUGGUCUAUAUCGGGUAUGUAAAACAUUGCUUGUUCUUUUUUGUGCACCAAUUUUUUUAAUCAAAUCAAAGCAUGUUUGAUACAUAAGUGUUUAAAGCCUGUUUGGCUAAUAGAUCAACAGAUAAAACAGAGUUCCUAGGAACCCAAUGAAAAGAAACAGAGGUAAAGACCCCUGCUAAAGUCCUGAUAUUCGCUAGGAUUCCAUGCAAAUCUGAUAUGCGUGAAUAACCUUAAGGAUAAAAGACAUGAUACUGAAAACAGUAUUGUACACAUGGGACCAAUUCUUAAGAAUUGAACUCAGCGCAGCUUGAAUGGUGUUGUCCACUUUUCAAUCUUAUAGAUUUGCUGUGAUCUUAUCAACAAUUCCAACCCCAACACUUUUGAAUUCAUUUCUCUCUAUGAAACCAUAUUGCAUCAUCAGACCAUGAAAUAUAAAGUGGUAAAAUAAAAAGCUUGUGGUGUAUCUUUCGAUAUAUUGCUAAAACAUAAAACACCACUAAUUAAGUAGGGUGUUAUAUACAUUGUCAUGCUCCGCCAUUGGACUACCACUACCACUAAGUCAAUUUAAAAAAAAAAAAACUUUAGAUACAAUCAAGACUCAAAGUUUAUGAUUGUUUUCUUUUAACUUUCUCUCUUUUUUUAUAUGAAACCAUGUGAUAAUAUCAAUAUAGCAUUCACAGAUUUGAAGGGCAGAAAUUACAGCUACGUGGAGUCGAGGCAGCACCAUGGUAGUAUGGUAAGAUCCGUAACAAUAUCAACAAGAGGUUGGGUUUGUGUAAACAUCUGAGAAGCAGCCCAACAAGUUAUGCUGCUCAAGUUUCUUUUAUCGAUGACAUCACUCACAAUCUUCAAGUCACAUCUGAAAAUAAUUAAACAAUCAACAAUAAGCUCGAGUAGAUAAUAAAGGCGAGACCAUCAUGUCUGAGAUCAGGACCAAAGUGAAACUAAUUAAUCAGUAUCCGUACAUUAAAAUACAAACACGACACUGUUCAAACCCUAAAAUUUUUGGCUGGUUUGAUAGCUUCAUGUCCUGAAUAGAUCUGCCUUGCGAAUGGAGGAGACAGUGCAGUUCUCUUCGCCUCCCUAUCGUUGGGCCCAACAAGCAAGAAGACGUUAGAAAUCAUGUUCAUCGAUAAAGCGUUAGAGAUGAUGUAUAUACGAGUUACCUAGAGCUACCUGGAGUAAAAUGAAUCCAUCAAGAGGGCGAUCGGAGCUAGAUAAGUGACUGCGUGGUGAAUCGAAGAGCUUCCGCCGGUUUGAUCUAGUGAGGACCUGACGAUUUUGGAUAAUCAUGAUCUAGUGCGAAACACAUUUUAAAACGUUGUCGCUUCUUGCACAAGCAAAACUCUCAAGGUAGAGAUGAAACGACAUCGUACUGAAGUAAGCAUCGUUAUCAGUAACUCAGGCUAAUUGGCGUUCAAGAAAAGGAAACGACGUCGGUUUUGCGUAGCGAGAAUGACAUGAAACGACAUUGUAUCAUUUUUACAAACUCGGGCAAAUGAGCUGAUCUAAUGCGGAAGGCAUUGAAGAGUUGUUACAAAGAGUUGGUGUCGUCCUACUACAUAUGGUAACUAAUUACGUGGCAACUAACUACAUUGCACGAAGAGGUUUACUUAAGGAGGGAGGAUAUGCAACUAAUUACAUUGUAUGAAGAGUUAACGUAGAUCGUUCAGAGAAAGUGACGUUAAUAGUAUCCCAAAUCUCCUAUCAUCAGCUCAUCUUCCCCAGCAUUUCCUCGGUGAGCUUUUAGGUUUCGACGACCGUGUUGCACUUCUCUCGUUUCGGAUUCUCAGUUGUGUGUUUACAGAUUUGCUUUGCUUUGUUUACUGGUUUUUUGCUCCUGUUUCCCCUUGUAUACUGUGUGUUUUCGUGGUCGACAGUGAUCUCUUCCCACUUCGUUUACAUUCUUUUCAUUCUAGAAAUUUUGAGGGUUUCGAGUGUUCAUGUUUAUAUUUUUGAUAAUUCACAUCUCCACAGGAAAUCAAGCAAACAUGGCCUCGUCCUCAUCUUCCCCACCUCAAGUCCUCCCAGCUGAGGAGAUUCUACACAUAUGUCAAGAAACUACUCAAAAUCUUGCUCACAUUUUGUCAAUUAUUCCAAGUGAGUUACUCUCACUCAUCAUGUCAACCAUCCCAAAAUCUGAAAUCAAAGUGGUGAAGGGAUUAGAAGCAUCAUACGCACGCUGGCGUGUAUCUCGGGUUGUUCGAGAUAUAUUGAUGUCUAAGGAUUGGGCAAGUAUAAUGGGUGCUGGAAAAUUCCAAGGAUUUUGUGAGUCAUGUUGGGCAUUUGCAACGGCUGAGCUGGUCAGUGCAGUACUUUAUCUUAAGAGAAAAGACACUAAUUACACGGAAUACUCGGUGCAAGAACUUAUGGAUCGUGCUGAUAGAUCUAGGAUUGAAAAAUAUGGCAGAAAGGGCCACUUUUGCUACCGGUACAGCAUCAGGAGAGGUUUGGAAUAUGUACUAAAAAAUGGGCUUCAAAGGGCAGUUGACUGCCCGUACAAUCGAUGUCGAGAAGAAAGCCAGAUACCACCGCGUGCUCUUUACGGACUCGCACACAUAGACGGUAUUGAUAAAUUAUCGCUCAGCCAGGCACUUCUAAGGCUAGAAGAACAACCGAUUGGAGCAUCUUUGUUCAUAUUCAUGCCUGAUUAUGUAGACACUAAGGAGGGAGUUUAUCGUGGUCCUAUGACAAAUAGAUCUUUUUAUAAAGCAAUGCAUGGAGUUUCAGUGGUGUCUGUGGUUGAAGAAAAUGGAGAGAAAUUGUGGAAGGUUAGACUAAACCACGGUUCUAUGGCGGGACAUCAAGGGUACCUUAAGGUAUCGAUGGAGGUUAUGUUGGUUCGAGUCCCAACAGAAGGAAGUCAAUCUGAUGGUAAAUUUGACAAACCGAGCAUGUUGCUCACUGACUUUGUAUGUCCAAACGUGGUGUAGAUACAACUAUCCAAAACGAAUAAGGGGUGGAGACGAAGCAAUGGUGAUGAAGUAGAGAAGAGAAACGGUGGUCAUGAAGUAGAGAAGAGUUUCUUGAGAAACAAGUAAGGUGGAGCAAUGGAACGUUAUAUUAUUUUACUCGAACUGAAAUAAA